UUCGCUCCUCUAUCUAUCUGUGUGAUGUGUGUUGACUGUGUUUCACUGUGUAUAGAAAAAACUGGAAAGAACCGAAAGAACGCUGAUUUGUGGAUUCUAUGUUCAUCUUCACAGAACUUUUAAAAAUUACAUAGAUUUUGUCAGUUUAAUUUUUAAUUGUAAUUACUAUGAGGUUCACAAGCGCGUUGUUUUCAAGAAUGGGCUACUGGUCUAAAAAGUAUGCGAAUUUCCCGGAGCGCUACAUAAACCGUGUCACAGAAAAGAUUUAUUGGAGAACACCGCGGAAAGUGCAAUAUCUCCCGCGUGUGAUGAAAAAUAGACGGUUGUAUUUCUCAGUUGACCGACCAUGGACGAAUGAAUUUCAAUUGAUAAAUUUCAAUGGUAAAGAUCCUGAAGUUAUACCCGUUGAACCCAUUAAAAAUUGGAGUUUCUUUCGUGGAGAUCGUGUGGAAGUAUUAACUGGUCCUGAUAAGGGAAAACAGGGUAUGGUGAAGGAUAUUAUACAGGAGAGGAAUUGGAUUAUUGUUGAAGGACUCAAUACAAAGUUGCACUGUUUUGGUAAAACUAAAUCCUUUCCUGGAGUUUAUGUUCGUCAGGAACAGCCUCUGUUAGUUACAGAACAAGUCCAUUUAGUGGAUCCUGUUGACUUAAAAGGUACUGCAAUCGAAUGGAGAUAUACAGAAACUGGUGAACACGUACGAGUGUCUUGCAGAACUGGUAGAAUAAUUCCUGUUCCAAAAUCAAGCGAAGAAACAAAAGAUUAUAAGAGUCCUGACUUAUAUCCAGAAGAACCUAAAGAUACUACAGCAAAGUAUGUGAGCGAAGUAACAUUCGAGCCUGCACUGAAAACAUUUGAAAUGGAUAUCAUGGAGAAAAUGGGUAUCAAAGAGGAUCGUAUACCAAAGAAAUAUUAUUGGUACUAAUUUCGUGUUGGCUUCGAGUAUUUCUUUAAGUUUUAUAAUGUAUGAGUAGGUUUAUCUAAUGUACAGAAUCAAGUAUGUUAAUAUGUUUUCAAAACUUGUGUACUUUAUUCUGCUAUCCUCCUUGAAAGUCACCU